AGCGAUAGUAUUUGCAGUGGGGUUAACGCAGCAGAAAUGAAAAGGACGGAUAGGGUUAUCACUUCCACGAAAGAGAAAAAAACAAAAUUGUAGCUGCAACAGGAAACGGAAUGGGAGUUUCUUAACCUCAUGAUCUUAUCCCUCUGACCUCUAUCCUUUUUUCCAUAUAGAUAUUGAGCUGGAAGGUGUUAUCGGUAAUUUGGAGGGUUAAUGGAACUGCAAGUGUUGGAGAAGGGUUUUGAUUAUGCCCGUAAGAGGAAGAAGUGGGUUUUCAUCCUGGGUGCCGUCGGCUUCGCCAGUUACGGCGCUUACAGGCUUUAUCACGCGCCCAUCGUAGCGCGUAAGAGGAUGAGAGUCUCCAAGCUUCUUGGUGCGCUGAUUUCCGUUGCGGAAGCCGUUUCCGAAUCGGCAGAAACCGUUGGAGUCGUCUCUGGAGACCUCAAGGACUUCUUGCAAUCCGAUUCCAACGAACUUCCCAACAGCUUGAAGCAGAUUUCCAAAAUAGCACGCUCUCAGCACUUUGCAGAUUCAAUCGCCACCGCCACACGCUCUGUCACCGAGGGAGUUUUGCGAGGCUAUGGAACCGUAAACCCCUCCAACGCUGACCAAACUGGUUCUGCUUCGCUUCUUGCUGAUCGGGUGCUCAACAAAAUGUUAACGCCAUCAGGGUCGGGUUUUGUCUCUGUGGUUGUUGGAAGCUUUGCUAGGAACCUCGUACUUGGUUUCUAUUCAGGUGGUACAGGGUUGAAUUCCAGAAAUGAAAAUGGUGUUUCAGGUGCUGAUGGAUCAUCCUCUAAUGGUGUCCAAGUUCCGAAUUGGGUCAAUGUGGUUUGUGAUGAAAAGUGUGCGGAGCUCAUUGGAAAUUGCGUUCAGAUUUUUGUGAGUACAGCUGUUGCUGUUUAUCUUGACAAGACCAUGCAUAUCAACACCUAUGAUGAUUUUUUCUCUGGGUUAACGAACCCAAACCAUGAGACUAAAGUGAAGAACAUGCUGGUGACUGUUUGUAAUAAUGCCAUGGAGACUCUGAUUAAAACAUCACACCAGGUGUUGAGAAACCCAAAUCCCAGUUUCAGAGAAGAUACAAGUGUUACUCCUUCAAGAAUUGAGGCAUUAGGUGUAGAGACAUCAUUUGUUGAAUCCAAACCGGAGAGUGAUUCUGAUGAUGAGAAUGAGAAUGAGAGUAGCUGGAUCAGCAGGGUCUCAUCCACUUUGGCAGUUCCAAGCAAUAGGAAGCUUGUUCUUGAUGUCACCGGGACGGUGACAUUUGAGACUGUUAGAUCGGUGAUGGAGUUUCUGUUACAGACAUUUGUUGAAUCCAUCAGAACAUGUGUUGAUGUUGUUCGCGAGGCAAUGCUUGAGAUUGUAAGAUAUGCUGCAUCCAAAUCCUCCGUUAUUGUGACAACAUGUCUCUCGUUGUGCUUGCACAUAAUACAACCGGUGGCACUUGGCCUUUGAUACCUGCCUAUACAUGAUUCAAGUCUUGAACUAGCAAAACUUUUAUCAUAGUUUACUAUCUUUAUAGUUUAUAGUAUACCAUACAUGGAUAAGUUGUGUAAAUAAAUUUGUAUUAAAAGAAUUAUUGUGAAAAUAUACAUGAAUCUUCCUUCCUGCCUUCAUGAGAACAUUCACUUCAAGGUACGAACUUGUAGAAAACUUGAAAUUCAUUGGUCUGAGGUGUAAUCAUUUUCAGAUCUAUUCCUCGUUGGAAUGUUCUUGUAAAAAGUAAAAAGUAUUACUGUAUAUAAUAUUAGAUCCCAUCAUUUCUAUUGAUUGGGUGUUAUAUAAAUA